AUGGCUGCAUUCUUCUACUUCUCCAUCUUCAUACCAUUGUCUUACUUCCCACUCACAGAAGGAAGAGCCAUAGAUUACACAGCUAUCGCUGGCUGCCCCAACAAAUGCGGCGAAGUCGAAAUCAGCUACCCAUUUGGAAUUGGAGAACCCCGAUGUUUCUUCAAAGGAUUCGAAGUCGUUUGCAUCCAAAACAUUCCCUACUUACCAGAGUCAAACCUUCAACUCUUAAAGAUCUUGCAAGGAGAAGUGAGCAUCAAUUCGACAAGCUUCAUUGCCCAAACUUGCCCAUCGCCAGCACCAUUUGGGACUGAAGCCUCGAGGUUUCUAUUGCCUGAAACAAGUCCUUAUACCAUUUCCAUUUCGAACCAAUUCAUAGCCAUAGGUUGUAGCACCACAGGAGGAAUCACGGAGAAUGAAGUGUCAUGGAUGUUCUGCUCCUCAGACUGUCCUACAAAGGAGAGUGUUGUUAACGGUUCUUGCGAGGGUCAUGGCUGUUGCACAGAACCACUUCCAAAAAUGAGAAAGAACCUGAUAAUUUUUAUCGAAGGGUACCAGUCAAGCAUCAGCAAUUGCAGCUAUGGGUUCGUCGUUGAAGAUGGGAGAUACAUGUUCAAAGAGACGGAUCUUCUUGAUUUUGAUAAAACAGCUAACAUUAGUAUGAAUCUUGAAUGGUCAAUAGGAGGGAGCUGUUUAUAUCAAACGGGUGAACCGGCCCACAUAUGCGGCAGUAACGCCACAUGUUCCGAUACAGCUGAAGGGUAUCGGUGCAAAUGCUUAGAUGGGUACGGAGGGAACCCCUAUCUCAACGGCUCUCAAGGAUGCCAAGGUGAGUUAUGA